GAUCGCUGUGCACUGAGGCCGGCACAAAGACAUGAGUGGCAGCACGAGCCAGCGUGCCGCCGCCCUGGGGGUCCUCUUUGCCCUGAUCAUGUUGCUGAUCAUCUACAGCUCCGGCAGCGGGAGCGAGGUCUUCCCCUACAGCCGCCUGCGGGGCAGAGCCCGCCGGCCCCCCGACCUCAAGAAGUGGGGGGUGAAAAGCGGGUACCUGCCCGUCUGCGGGAACAAGACCCUGACUGCCCGCUGCCACCAGUGUGUCAUCGUCACCAGCUCCAGCCACCUCCUGGGCACCCGCCUGGGCACGGCCAUCGACGGGGCUGAGUGCACUAUCCGCAUGAACGACGCUCCCACCACCGGCUACGAGGUUGACGUGGGCAACAAGACCAGCUUCCGCGUGGUGGCCCACUCCAGCCUCUACCGCGUCCUCAAGCGGCCCCAGGAGUUCGUUAACAAGACCCCGGAGACCAUCUUCAUCUUCUGGGGGCCACCCGCCAAGAUGCAGAAGAGCCUCCUGAAAAUCAUCCAACGCGUCAGCGCCUCCUUCCCCAACAUGACGGCCUACGUUGUCUCCCCCGGCCGCAUGAAGCAGUUUGAUGACCUGUUUCGGGGGGAGACAGGGAAAGACAGGUACCUCGGAGCCUCCUGCACCGUGUCCCCCCCUUUUUCCGCGUCCCUGGGGCAGAGCUUGGGGCUGCUCCAUGGGCUGCACUGGGCUGGAGGUCCCUGGGGCAGGUUGGGGACCCUGGGGGGGUCCGUCAUCCACGUCACCUUGUCCCCAUCCCCCCCCCCCCCCUUCCUUCCCUACCACUACUAUGAGCCAAAGGGCCCCGACGAGUGCACGACCUACAUCCACAACGAGCGGAGCCGCAAGGGCAACCACCAUCGCUUCAUCACCGAGAAGCGGGUCUUCGCCAGCUGGGCCGGCCUCUACAACAUCACCUUCUCCCACCCCGCCUGGCCCUAG